AUGACCAUGUGCUUGGUCGGUACAGUCUACGGAUGGGCAGAGACUUCAUUUCUCCUUUUAACAUCUGGCAUCGGGAACGCGCAGCUAACGUUAACACCCGACGAAUAUUCAUGGGUCGUUUCUUUGACAGUACUUGGUUCAAUGAUCGGUUCACUUCUGGCUGUCCAGUUGGUCGAUCGCAUCGGUCGUAAAUACUGUCUCCUUGUAUGCAGCACAAUGUUCACCAUAGGCUGGCUCGACAUGCACACCUCAACAUCCGUGCCAAAGCUAUACCUUGCUGGGGUGACUCUCGGUAUAGGCGUUGGUAUUGCCCGCACGAUAAAUCCCAUGUUCGUGUCAGAAGUCGCCGACGUCAAACUCAGAGGACGCCUGAGUACUCUAAUCGCAGCGAACGUAUAUCCCGGGUCACUACUAACAUACGCUCUAGGACCCUCGCUGACGUACACGUCACACCUGCUGCUUCUUGCAGGAAUAUCCGCUAUAUCCACCUUGCUGCUCAUAUGCUUACGCGAAACUCCGUAUUUCUUGGUGGCAAAAGGUAAAAAGGAGCAAGCAUGCAAGUCGAUAGCAUAUUACAAAGGCAUCGAAGAUCCGGACCAAGUGAAAGUCGAACUACGCGCUCUACGCGCAGAAGCCAGAUACGGAUUACACCAACAAUCCACAAGCGAUUUACACUCACAAUCCAGAAGUGAUUUACCCUUACCAUCCAGUAGCGACUCACACUCACAAUCCAUAUCCUCAGUAGAUUCAAAAUUCAAAUGCGAAGUACGCACACUAACCACGGGCGAAUUACGCGUAGAAUACUCGCGCGUCGCGCCCGGAUUACACUCACAAUCCCCAAGCGACUUACACCGACCAUCCACAAGCGAAAUACACCAAGCAUCCACAAGCGAAGUACACGGACCAUCCACCAGCCAAAUACUCCCAGAAACGAGAAGCGAUUUAAGCUCACGAUCCAGAGUGGAUUCACGAGCAUCAACGGACACAUCUGAGCCAUACAUGGAUUUAACUAAAUAUACCUUUUUAGACAAGCUGCGAGCAAUACUAGAACGACGCAACAGGAGAGCUCUGUUUAUCAUGCUUGCUUGCCUUUACACACAAACACAAGAGUCUGACGAUUCCACCAUCGCUUUGAUUCCCCUUAUCCAUUUAGUUUUGUAUCAAGUAACGUUUCACAUUGGUUUAGGUGUAUUACCCAAUGUUUUCCUAUGCGACUUAUUUCCUACGAAACUAAAAGGCAUUGUUGGUGCCAUCGUUGUGAUUUUCGAUGGUAUAAUUGGUUUUACCACGUCGAAACUGAAUCAGGCUAUUACCGAUAAUAUAGGAGCGUUUGCGAAUUACAUGAUGUUCUGGACAUCAUGCUGGAUGGCAUUUAUGUUAACGUUCCUAUGGGUACCGGAAACGAGAGGAAAAACAUAUCACGAGAUUGAAGCGCUUCUAUUUGGUGAAAAUUUGAAUUCUUCGAAUGAAGAAGUUAGCAAUGAUGAAAUGGAUAGUCGUAGAAUAUGA